AUGAAAUUUAUCAAUGCCUAUUUAACUGAAGAGCAAACGAUAAGAUACUAGUUGAAUAAGUAGAUAAAGCAGUUUGAAAAUAGUAAUCAAUAGAAAAACGAAAUUAAAUAUAAAUUACUUGAGAAUCAAAGAGAUGAGAAAUUAAAUGAGGAGGGAAUCAUGGAAGACAGUUAGUUAAAUCUUGACAUUAUAGAUAUGAAAAUAGAAAACUUAAGGUAAAAUAGUCCAGAUGUGUUUGUGUAUUUAAUGAUAACAACUGAUGGGAAUUAAGUGAAGACAAAGCCAAAGAAACAAGAUCUAAAUAUUACUUUUGAGGAAGGCUUUAUCUUUUCCCAAUUUUAGAAGCAAAACAUUAUUAGGAUAAAAUCACAAAAUGGUCUGAUCUAUGAAAUUUUUAUUAUGGGACUGUGGGUAUUCUCUAGGGUUAAAUACUACUCAGACAUUUUGGAAUCAUGGGAACCUAAGAUUAAAUAGACUAGUGAAUAGAUUAAAAUGUUGUCAGCUGAUCUUAAAAAAAUUAGACAGCCAUUUCAAAGUAUGUGGGAUUAGAUUUAAUAAGAGGAUCCUGAGUUUAGUGGAAAUAUAUUGGAGAAUCCGCAGAAUAAUAAUUUUGAAUAAGGUGGUCACUUUAGUUAUUCAGCCAUUAUGAUCACAGAUGUGCCGAUGGAAGAAAUGACAAAGUAUUGCUUUGGUAUAUACACUAUUUUCACUAUUCUCUCAAUGAUUUAUAGACCAGAUUUCUUUAAUUUGACAGUAGCGAUAUUUGGAUCAAUUUUAAGUUUUGACAGUACAAAGCAUCUUCAUUAGCAUAAAGACAGUUAAUUUUACCUUAAAAUGUUCUGCCUAUCGAUUGCAACAAUACUCUAUGAUGUUGUAUUUCUUAUACAAGUAACCUCUGUAUGGACUAGCUAUCAGAAUGCUUAAGAUGGUGGGGUUACUUUGAAUCUAAGGAGAGCUUCACUAGCUAUGAGCUAUAUUUCCCUAUUUUUCAGAAUCGGAAUUGUUUACUUAUUUUGGAGAUUGUAUGAUAAGAGUAAGACAAACCCGCACCUUAGGAAAAUAGGAGGAGUCUGA